UAUGUUCUUAUAAGUCAUUUUAUAUACAAUCAGUUAAAAGUAAGCAGUUAAUUUAUAAACACUUUUACAACUAACUAAUAAUAUCAGCUAGUAAAACUAGCUAAAGGCAACACCCCCUUAUCUCGCAUUACAAACUGAAAAUGUGUCAUGUUUUCCUCAUCCACCAAUUACCUACCUAUCAUGUCUCAACUAUCAUGCAACUUAGUUGAAGGGACCAUCUUCACCUCUAAUCACAUCUUUCUACCCUUUCCAUUUACUACGUUGUCUCCUUCGACACUUCAGCAUCUCCCUUGAGCAAACUCCCCCAUGAAAGCAAGAAAUUGAUGAAGACAAUGGCAAUGAUUUAUCUUCAAGUUCCAAAUGCUCCUACAUGUUUCUUCGUCACCAUUGCAGCACUGUUGGGGCAUAUUUACUUUUGUUCUACUACAUUUACUUUCAAAUUCUACUCCCAGAGAGGGAGUAGAAGUUGGGAGUGAUGUACUAUUUUCCUAUCUACUAACAUAGUUGGCCGAUCUGACAAAGAUUACAUGGUGUGGAACGGGAACAGAAACACAAACAGAAAAGCGCGCUUGAAGUCUUAGUGGCGUUUACUUUUUUGACUCUCGCAAUAAUCGACAAAGAUUACGCGGCUAAGGUACAAUCAUGGUGUGGAAAAUAAUUUUCAGGAAACGUCGAAGCAAUUGUUUCUAAAAUGCCCUAUAAAUCUCCGACACGGCAAUCCCAUCAGCAUCAAGAGCAACCGCAACAGUCCUAGAUAGUUUUGCCUGAAUCCUCCGCCACCGCCGCCAUGUCGCAACCAAGAGACCAGAUGCCUUUCCUCUUCCCACACUCCCAGUCCACUGUUCUCCCCGACUCAUCCCGUUUCUUUGCCCCUCGCCUCCUCUCAAACCCUCUGCCCACAAAUUCUUUCUUCCAGAACUUCGUUCUUAAAAAUGGCGAUCAGCCGGAAUACAUUCACCCCUAUCUCAUCAAAUCAUCCCAAUCAUCUCUCACUCUCUGUUACCCGCCUCAGUUGCGCGGCCCCGCUUUCAUUUCCCAGACUUUCCAUGCUGAUCUCACCAUUUCCGCAUUGAACAACCCCAACCCGAAUGCGGCUCAUGUUGUUUCCUCUUUCAGUGAUCUCAGUCUCAUUCUGGACCUCCCCUCCAGCAAUCUCAGGUUCUUUCUUGUCAGGGGUAGCCCCUUCUUGACUUGUAACGUUUACACAAGUAUCAGUAUUUCAAUUUCAACUAUCCAUGCGAUUCUUCAAUGUUCCUCUAAUGAUUCUCGCACGAAAUACACCAUUAGGCUCAAUAAUAACCAGACUUGGCUUUUGUACGCCUCUUCCCCCAUUAAUUUGAGCCAUAAUCUAUCCACCAUCACUUCUACAACUUUUUGUGGUGUAAUUAGGAUUGCUCUAUUGCCAAACUCUGAUCCAAAAUGUGAAGCUGUUCUUGAUCGGUUUAGUAGCUGUUAUCCCACUGCCGGCCACGCUGACUUCAUCAGACCAUUUUGUUUGGAGUAUAAGUGGGAUAAAAACGGCCGGGGAGAUCUGCUUAUGCUUGCACAUCCUCUUCAUCUCCGCCUUCUUUCCAACUGUGAUUGCAGAAUUACUGUUUUGAAGGAGUUCAAGUAUAGCAGCAUUGAUGGUGAUCUUGUAGGUGUUGUUGGAGAUUCAUGGGUUCUGAAAACUGACCCCAUUUCAGUGACAUGGCAUUCAGUUAAAGGUUUAAGGCAGGAAUCAUAUGCUGAGAUAAUUAGUGCAUUGCAUACAGAUGUUCAGAGUUUGGAUGCUGCGAAUAUAAAGGAAGAGUCGUCAUAUUUUUAUGGUAAGUUGAUAGCAAGAGCAGCGAGGCUAGCGUUGGUUGCUGAAGAGGUGCGUCAUCUUGAUGUUAUUCCCACGAUUCGGAGGUUCUUGAAGGAUGCAAUUCAGCCCUGGUUGGAUGGGACUUUUGCAGCUAAUGGUUUCUUGUAUGAUUCAAAAUGGGGUGGACUUGUGACCAAAAAAGGGUUAACUGAUACUGGUGCUGAUUUUGGGUUUGGGAUCUUUAAUGAUCACCAUUAUCACGUUGGCUACUUUGUUUACGCGAUUGCUGUGCUUUCUAAGAUUGAUUCUGCAUGGGGAAGGAGGUACAGGGGCCAGGCGUACUCUCUUGUGGCAGAUUUUAUGAACUUAAGCAGGCAAAAUAAUUCAAAUUGCCCCCGAUUGAGGUGUUUUGACCUGUGGAAACUGCAUUCUUGGGCGGGAGGAUUGACUGAAUUUGCAGACGGGCGAAACCAGGAGAGCACGAGUGAGGCAGUAAACGCUUACUAUUCUGCAGCUCUGAUGGGGUUGGCUUAUGGGGACACCCAUCUUGUAGACAUUGGAUCCACCCUUUGUGCACUGGAAAUUCAAUCUGCACAAACCUGGUGGCAAGUGAGAGAGGAUGGCAAUUUGUAUGCUGCAGAGUUCACCAAGGAGAAUCGAAUGGUUGGUGUUGUGUGGGCUAAUAAAAGAGACAGAGGCCUCUGGUUUGGUGGUGCUGAAAACAAACAUUACAGGCUGGGAAUACAACUCUUGCCUAUACUGCCAAUCAGCGAAGCUCUAUUUUCUGAUGUUCAAUUUGUGAAACAACUGGUGCGAUGGACUCUGCCAGAUCUCGCAAGAGAAAGGGAAGGAAAAGGUGAAGGGUGGAAAGGGUUCGUGUACGCACUGCAAGGAAUUUAUGACAAAGCGGGCGCUUUGGAGAAGGUAAGGAGGUUAAAUGGGCAUGACGACGGAAACUCACUGACAAAUCUUCUUUGGUGGAUUCACAGUAGAGGUGAUGUUGAGGAAUAUGAUAGAGGUGGUAUGUUAUGCUGGUUUCAUCAUUACUGUCAUUGAGUUUCUGUGAUUAAUGUUUAGAUGAUAUGUUUAGAAACCAACCUGUUUGGUUAUCUGAUAUCACUUGUUAUUGCCCUUUGAUUUCCAUUGAAUUUCUCCAUGAAUACAGUGUAAGAAAUUCUGUAUGUUCUUACAAAGAUUUUGCCCCUAGUAUACAUGUUCAUGGUCAAGACUAGAGAUAGAUAGAAAUCUUGCCAGCAAAGGUUUCUUCUUCUGUGCCCAGUGCUAUAGGUUAACAGAAUACUCUCUUGGUUGAGCCCGUCCUACUUUGUGGAGUUUACCUUUUUCGUAUUGUUUGUUGGUUAUUACAUAGGUGAGUGGGUUUACUCUGUAUGCACUAUUGGAUAAUACUCAUGGUAGCUACGAGUUUCCUUCA